AUGGCUGGUAACCUGGCGGCUCGUAGGGGAUGCCCGAACAUCGCCAACUGUAUCACCACUGUGUGUACGAGUCUAUCGGAUAUCACGUGUGCUGAGUGCCAGAAGAUAUUGUACAAACUUUACAAUUCCGACAAAGAGUGUGCAAGAACUUGUUCAUGGGAGGAUCGGUGGUGCUGGCCCGGAUCCUGUGGCAGUGACAAUUACGCCAGGGAUUGUAGAUGUGACUCCGAGUCGUUCACUACGGUGUUUGAUGACAGCCAGGCCCGGUGUCAACUUACCAAAGCUCCAGAGGUUAUAACCUGUAGAAUGCAGGUGGUUGACGCUAACAGCGAUGCUCUGAUGUCCCCAGUCCCACCAAAUGUACCUACACAUUGUUCCAACCAAAAGGACUUCUACGGAAACAUCCAAGUCGACCGAAUAAUUACCAAUUCUUCCUUUGAAUUAUCAGUCAACGUUUCUCUCGUACCGAAACCUGAAUACGUCACAAACCAUGCGUUUGGUGUGACUGAUGUCAAUAUAGCCAUUGUAAUAAAACCAAUUCUGGGAACUGAAAACAUAGUGAAGAAUAUUAGUCUCCAUAGUGACCCUAACAGCAACAAUCCGAAACAACUGCUGUCAUUUGACAAAGUUAUUGGUAAUAACAGUCCACCAAGACAUUUGUCGAAUGGAGAAAGAAUAUGCUUACGAUUUCUUUCAAGAGGCGGUGGCCAUCUUGUCUCAAAAAAUAUCAUCACACGUAAAGAAACCGAAGUUGCUUUCUUAAAGACGUUUACCGUAAAAGACUUGUGUUAUCAUUAUGACAACGCUCACCCUGUACAUUGCCUCGAGCAGCAUAUAUGUACCAGUGGACUGCUAGAUAUUGAUAGCCGUAUCCUUAUCACUCCAAGUUUCCAGGUAAACGUAUCUGGAUGGGAAGAUCCGUCCCCUGUCUCCGGAAACACUGAAUAUGCUUCCGGUAUAGAUACGUACAUGACCAACGUUUAUGAGGUAAAGCAAGCAGAGCCAGGCUGGCUAGAUGUCGGAAGAGAUCCUAUUGUCAUAUCGCCAAUAAAAGCAAGCCAACCUAUCAGAAUCAUCAUUCCAGAAGACCGACCUAAUCCUGCCUUAUACGCAGUUGUGUUAGAGGUCAAGGACGUUGCCAAUAAUGUCAAACAAGCCAGGCGCUUUGUUAUGCUUGAUAAUUCUUCAAUGGUUUUCGCAAGAGAUGACAAACCCUUUUACUCCACAACAACAACGACUAACACUGCUCACAAGUGGCAAACUAAUCAUGGAGCCCUCUGCUAUUCUUGGACUGACAGGUAUUACAACGAUAAAUUUAAGGAUCUGAAUCUGUUACAGCCAAUAAAACCAGACUACCACGGUCACAUCACUGGUAUAUAUGAACAGAUAUCUGGACUUCUUCCCGUUUCUGGAACGGAAAAUGUGCAUGGAAUAACUGUUUUCUACUUUUCGUUUGCUAAUGAUACAAAAACAAUUCAUACAAAAGAAAAAGUUCCAAAUUUCACAUCACAGAAAAUAUGUUUGUCCCCGACCGUGAAUGAUGGAGAGACCUAUCGUUUUGAUGUCGAGGCACAGGACAUAAUGAAGCACAGCUAUUCUGAAUAUUUAUACACACACAUUGACUCUAGCAGACCCAAAAUAUUCGACAUAGGACUAACAAAAGACGGUUAUAAGCUUUUAAACGUCCAUAACAGUUCGGAUCUCUCCAAAAUGGUUUUGGAGUUUAAUGCACUGGACAUACAUAGCGGUUUGUACUCUGCUGAUUGGUCUCUUGGCACCUCUUUAGGAGGGAGCGAUAUUGGGAAUGGAUCGGUUGGAGUGAGUCGCCUUGCACUAAAUGAAUCCUGUCCAGAACACUCGAACUGCUACUGUCCUUCCGUCGGUCCUUGUGCUCACUUCAACUUUACUUUGAGGCUUAAUUCACUUGUUAACCUUAAUACUCACGUUGGAAAUCACAACCGUGGGUACCAUUUCACGAUUACAGUGACAAACGAAGCAAGACUGGUUAUGGUAGAGCACAUGGAGGUGUUGACCGACGACUCACCGCCGGCCACUGGAGUUGUCAGAGAAGGGCCAGCCGGAGGACUGGACAUCGAUUACACUAGUAAGGAGUCAUUUGUUGCACACUGGGAUGGAUAUAUUGAUCACGAGAGUGGUGUUCGUUUAUACAGAGUAGGCUUGACAAGAUCAUGUUUGGAACAAGACACGUUUAGUGGUACAAAAGUAAGUGGCGGUGUAUACAAAGACAAUGAAACUGCGAUAAUCGAGACUACAUUUAAGUUUGCCCGGUUUACACUGCCAGAGGAAGGCCAAUACUUUGUCUCUGUAGUGGCGUACAAUAAUGCUAUGCAACCUUCAUAUCCUGUCUGUUCGGACGGCAUUUUGUUGGACAAGACUCCCCCUGCGGUAGUCAACGUUACCAUGCGGAGUGCAUCUGUCAUUGAAAAGGUGAUGUGUUCUAAUGAAACAGCAUGGUACAUAUCAAAUAAUUUGACGCGAUAUAGAGUGAACGAUGACAUGUGUGACGAAAUGUGUAGAAAUACUUCCGUGAACAAAUUUAUAUCUAUAUUACCCGAAGAUUCUUCACACGUAUCAAACCACUCAAUAGCCUGCAAGAUUGUUGACAAACUUGGGAUUAUCUACCUUCCAAUUGACCUCAUUCACCUCCACUGGAAUGUUAUUGAAGCGGAAAGCCAGGUUCAUGAGGUUUAUGUAGGUAUCGGUUCAACAAAAGACAGCGGUUCAGCUCCAGAUCUGGUAGACUUCCACAAAUCUCCUCAUAAGUAUUCCUACAAGAAGAGACACAUUGGCCUGAGUGACGGGGAUGAGAUUUAUAUUUUCCUUAAAAUCACAAACAGUGCUGGCCUUUCUUCCGUGUCCUCCAUCGGUCCAGUUCUUGUAGAUGAGACCCCACCUAUCUGUCCUCCAUCUCUUCCUGUCAGUAUAGAAAAUGGUUCUCUGUACACCUACUGGGAUGAGGGAACAUUUUAUGACAACGAACAGAAGGAACCGAUGACUACAUUUUUAUACCGAGUUGGUCAGGAAGACGUCUACGUAUCAGCGUUCCAGCCAAUGGGUGUUCCAGGCACUGCAAAUUGUGUUACAAAGGAGAAGAUUUGUUUGACUAUUCCACUUUCGGAUUUACAUGUGUAUGACGCUGACAUAAAACUCACUUUCAACAUCCAGCUUCACGUGUUUAACAAUGCAGGUUACCACUGUACGGUGGACACUGACACAUUUCAUUUACCGUCUAGGAUUCCUCCAGGACACGGGGUCCUGUAUGACGUCACACAUGACCUCAGUGUGAAAAAUAUGCAAGAUAUCGACGUUUUAAUAUCGUCAAAAGAGUUCUGCGUCACGUGGCAAGGAUUUGAACACAAUGAUGACAUCGCAUUCGAGGUUGGUAUUGGAAGAAUACCGGGAUCAGAUGAUACUACAUCAUUUCAUGAUAUCCCAGAAGUAGAUGUCUACUGUGAAAAUGCGAAAAUCCUCUCAUAUUACCAUCGGUACUUUGUGACGGUACGUGCGUUUACCUCCGGAGGGACAGCGGUAGCAACAUCGGAUGGAUUCACAAUUAUAAAUUCCUCAGACAUAACAGCUUCACUGCGUGUGUAUGAUGGAUACGGUUGUUCUAGUGUCUCACGAGCUUUUCCUGUACAACAGGUCGGAACAAGCAAUAUAUAUGCACCUAGCAAAACGGACCUGCAUGUCGGUCAUGUGUACACACUGGAAUCUAACACGAGUAUAACAGUCGAAAAGGUAUACUGUCCUUUGGGAUCCAGAGGUGUCAAGUGCGUUCCACUCAUAGUAACAGAGGACCCUAAUAUGUUCCGGAAAUUCCAAAUCUAUGAGAUAGACGCUGAUGCGGACGACGUUAGAAACAACAAGGAUUCAUUCUAUGCUGCAAACAUCGGUGACAAAAUGUCCUGGUUACACGAAGCCGAGCUCGACUUCACUGCCGAACCUGUUCGUCCAGGUGGGGUUAUCCUGGGAAUGGGCGAUCAGCCAAUCACGUGGUUCCUUGUUAGGGAUUCAAAUAGUCUCAAUCAGUCGUGUGAAGAAAAUCCAAAUUGUGUUGCAAUUGUGCAAACAUUCGGAGGGUUUUCCGCUUUCCGUGGCGUCAAUCUUGAAAAUGGGAUAAUGUACUUUAUAUGUGCAGACAUAAGUGAUAUCACUGGGAAUAAUAGAGAUGAAAUGCCUUCAUUUCAAACGUGCGGAAAUGGGUUUUUCGUAGAUAUAAAUCCGCCUUCUACUGGUGACGUCACUAUAACAUCCGAGAGAGACUACAUCAUAGAUCAAUCAAGCCUUGUGGUACACUGGGACGGAUUCAAGGAUUUCCUUGGAUAUAAAACUUUAGGAUAUCCAUUUACUUUAGCAUCGUUUACGUAUUGUAUAGGAAGUGAACCAUUAGGACAAGACCUGGUGGCAAAAACCAACGUCGGCUUGUACCAGUCCAUUAUAAUUCAUAACCCAGCACUCCGACCAGGAGAAAUGUAUUACGCAACAGUUACAGCGUUUGACCACGUGGGACAUUCAACGUCUGCCGUUUCAAAAGGUGUAAUUUUUGACAGUACUCCACCCGUGAUUGAAUUCGUGCAAGUUGGAACCUAUUUGAAACCAAAAGCUAUUGUCACAGCAGAAAUCAGCAUCCAUUUGAUCGGUUGCCAUGAUGAUGAAAGUGGAAUUUCUCAAACUCUACUAGGUAUUGGAUCGACAGAACACGUACCCGACAUCAUAGACUAUCAGGGGUUUACAGGAGAGUUUGCUUCUCUGUCUAACCUCACGGCAUUAUACGAUGGUCAUCAAUACUAUGCUGUUAUUCUUGUUACAAACGGAGCAGGACUGUCUUCAGUGGCGGCUUCAGACGCAUUUGUCAUAGACCGGUCUUCACCAACAGAUGGCGUUGUACGGGAUGGUCUUUUAAAUUUUGAUAUUAACUUCCAACCAAACACGACUCACGGUGGUUGUAACUGGUCAGGCUUUAGUGAUCCGCACUCGGGGAUCAGGUACUACUCGGCAGGGUUGUCAACUAUGCCACUCGGAGAUGACGUCAGACCUAUGUCAUUCACUGGAACUAGAACAGAAUUUCAGUGGACAUAUAGCUGUGUACCUGGGACUACUUACUACUGUACGGUACGAGCUUGUAACGGAGCUGGACUAUGUACGUCUGUAUCAUCUAACGGUUUUACAACAGACUAUUCUCCGCCAACACCGGGAAUUGUCCAUGUUGGUUUUGACGGUCAUCACUCCAGAUACUGGGCGCAUGCAAACUCAAUUCAAGUUCAGUGGUUUGGAUUCGUUGAUGCAGAAUCUGGCAUAAUGAACUACGAAGUCUGCGUUAGACACACCGACAACAGCAACUGUGAUAUUGUACCGUUUACAAACGUGUUUAUGUCCAACAUGAUGACGAACCCGGUCAAUCUGCCACAGAAAGUGCCGCUGACUGUUGAGGUCAAGGCCUACAACACCCUCAACAUGUCUGUCAAGAUUGUUUCGGAUAGUUUUAUUGUCGACCCUACGCCUCCUAUCCUGAUGACUGCUCCUGUUCUAGGAGCGGGAAACGGUGAAAAUGAUCCACAAGUUAUUGUACAGUCGGACCCAUCUCUUGUAACGCUGACAUGGAAAUUCAAAGACGAUGAAAGUCCUAUUAUAAAACAUAUCGUUUCUGUAAAAACACACCAUGACGGACAUACACCUGUCGAAAACGUAUAUUUGUCGACGGAAAGUAGUCACAUAUUUACUCUCGAACCUCGCGACUGGUUGAGACCUGGUGAUUCCUACACAGCUAUCGUGACCGCAUGUAAUGAAGCGGGACUUUGUACAUCGGCAACCUCCAACGAUUUGCUUGUUGAUCCGACCCCUCCUCAUCGUGGAGGAUUCGAAGAACCCCUGACAUGGCACAUGUCUUCAGACUCAAACGAAACUGUGUCGUUCAUUAAUCUGACCUUGCACGGAUUCAAGGAUACAGAAUCAGGAAUCAAGACUUACUACGUCACGGUAGGCGACUCCUACAGUGGAUCAGAAAUAAGUAACGGAUUGAUUACCUUCCCGCCGUCAGGAUUAAACGGUGAAUUGGAAUUAGUCCAGCUGAUUCUGACCGAACACCUGCAAUCGGGACGACAGCUGAUAUUUUCGGUCUGGGUAGAGAAUAACGCUGGUCUAUUUAGUGACACUGGCAAAGUGACUGUCACUGUAAUAGCGUCCGACAGUAAGAUCACUUACGGGUAUUUGGAAAUUCUAAAACAUUCUUGCGACGCAGAAUAUUGCAAUAGGGAUUGCACGUGCGCCGUUAUAACACAAAAGUGCCACACAAUCGAUGUAGAUACCGAUUGCAAAGAAGAAAAUAAAACGGACGAUUAUGACUUAAGAAUCCAUGUCCAUCACGGAGGCAAAAACAAACAACGAGAAGCUUUAUCGGCGACUUCCGCCUGUAUUUCUGCCAAUUGGACAGUAACUGGAACACGGGGACAGGGCAUCAAACGAACAGAGUGGAGCAUGGGACAGCUAGACAUGCCAAUAGGAACUGGAAUAUUUGAUCCUUUACUGGAAAAUCUGUGGUAUGAUAUAGGACAAAGGACAUGGGUGACACAUUGCUUGCAAGGAGCAAACCACCUACUGCACGACACGAGUUAUGUAGUGUACAUCAGAGCGUGGACAUCUACGUCAGACUUUACUGUCUUUACUUCAGCUGCGGUACACAUAGAUACUACGCAUCCGUCUGUAAGGAAAGGGCAAUACAUCAGAGAAAAUUUAAACGAAUCGUGUGACCACGACAUUGAUUUUACAACAACCUUGGACACGCUUACCGCGUGCUGGUCGGGUGUGUUUAGCGACCCGCAGAGUGGUAUUGAUAUGUACUUUGUCGCGCUAGGGACUAUUCCAGGAGGUGACGAUGUCAUAUCCAUAAGCAAAGUUGGGCAGAACACCUCGACGUCAUGGGUUAAUUUAACGCUUUCUCCUGGUACAAAGUAUUACGUUAGUGUGACGUGUAUAAACCACGUGGGGAUCCAUACAACGAUUGUAUCUGACGGCGUUUUGGUUGACAACGAACGUCCCCAUGCCGGCGUUGUCUUUAACACUGACAGCUUCCGUAACGGUCAUGCGCAAAACACUAGAGAUGUCGGAGCCUCGUUCUGGGGUUUUGACGACAGACAUUCUGCCAUUGAGUCUUUUUAUAUCGCUUUACAGAUAUCAAAUGGAGAUUUUACGACGGAUAAUAUUUCCCUUAAAUUCCAACAUAUAGGUUUAAGAAACACAUUCACAUUUUAUAACACUUCUCUAGUAACAGGACAGUGGUAUAGGUUUGCCGUAAAAGCUCGAGACGCUGCAGGAUUCGAAAGCGAUCUUGUGUAUUCGCCUCGAGCUUUGUUCGACUCGACACCACCAGUUCAUAUUGAUAUCACAACGGUUUCUGUGACAGAAAAAGUGGCUUCAACUAACGGAACUUUGUAUUGGAUGAAGGAACUGGACGAUGUGACAGGACCAACUGUAUAUAGACUGUAUAUUUCGUCUGCGAAUAUUACUUCCUCCAAUCUUUUCGAAGUUUCGUUUGAAAACCAAAAGCAACUCCAUUCCGUAAUAAUGGAGACCAUUGGAACAUACACAGUCGCCAUUUCUUUCACCAGCUCGCCGUUCUACAAAGGUAACCGUUCAAUAUCAGUUCUUGCGCAUGAUAUGCCUAUAUACGCUGAAAUUGAUCUCACCUUAUUAACCUCAGAUGACGUCACAGUGACAGGUCAGACGAACAAUGUGAUCGAUGUACAACAGGUCUCUACUACGGAACUCCAGAUCAACGGCAAUAUUAUAGACGCUGAAAGUGGAAUCAGGGACAUCUAUGUUGGUCUGGGAUCUAAUCGAGGUGGAUUCCAAAUGUAUCCUCUUUUACAUGUGUCGUCGUCUUACAAUAUCCUACUUCCGGUAGAGGCGCCUCAUGGGCAACCAGUGCACGUAACUAUAACUACUGUGAGUCAAGCCGGAUGUUGGAGUCACUUUCACUCACGUCCUGUCAUAAUGGAUCACACAGCACCAAUCAUAUCAAACACGUUGAUGACUACAACUUUUAGUGUAGAUGAAGUUCAAACGCUGACAAGUGUCAAGGUCACAUGGAAGGUCACGGAUGAACAAAGUUCUUAUAUCGAUUGCUUCUGUGAGAUAGGAACAAACAUGAUGAGCGGGAUACUGUACCGUGGUAAAGGCAAGAGCGAGUGUGAAACUCCCUAUACGUAUAUACAACAUGGGACUAAUGUAUUUACACGUAUACGAUGUUUGAAUAGCGCCAAUCUACAACAGUCAACCUUGGUUGGUCCCAAAACUGUCAUUCUUAGCGCACCGAAUGUCGCCAAGGUGAGAAUUGCAUUUGAUACCGCUUAUGAUACAGCUUUCGGUCUUCCGGUGAUACCGUCCUCGUCGAAGUUAACGUUCUCUUGGGAAAAUUUUGACGAUUCUUACGGAAUCAAGAGUUAUUCGUACAGAAUCUAUCGAGGCACUCAGGGUUUAACGGAGUGGGAAAAGACUGACUUGCGCAAUUAUGCUUCGUUGGACCAUACAGGCAAACAUGACGACGGUAUCUACACUGUAGAAGUGAAAGCAUGUGCCUAUGACGGGUUGUUCUGUCAAGUUGUAAACGGAUCGGUUUUGAUUUCGGGGAUUUCGCCAAGCCUAACAGGGCUUCCUGCGGCAGUCACUAGACAAGAUGCUGGCCUGGAGCUGGUAUGGGACGAUGCAUUUACGAUACAACCAUCAUUACUUCCCCGAUAUACAGUCACGGUCGGUUCUGAGAGAGGUUUUGUGGACCUAGUACGUUUUGUGGAGACUACAGAGCAACGCCAUGUUAUAAUCGAUUAUUUCAGCGGAAGUGACGUAUUCGUCGUUAUCAAGUGUUCCUAUGUAACAGGAUUAUUUACUACAUUCAGCGGAAAGUUGCCCGUGUUUUGAAGUUUAUUGUUGAUUUUUGUAUACUGAAACAUUUAUAAUCAGGACAAUAUGUAGAAAAUACCAUAAACUGAUUCGGAAAAGUCAUUUAA